AGAUCCCAACUUUGCAAUCUAGACAAUUCCCUACAUUUUUUAUUUGUUUUUUUUUUAAUUUUUUCACGAGCGAAGACUCGGCGCAGAGCAAGAAGAAAAAAAAAAAGUAUGCACUUGGAUCAUCAUUGAGUAGUUUCGUCGAGGAGAAGUUUUUCGUGCUGUUGAGGAGAGAGAGGGAGUCAAUUGAGAGAGAGAGAAAGUCUUCCCGGCGCGGUGUAAUAAUGGCGGAGGAGGAGAGCGUGAAGUUGUUCGUAGGUCAAGUGCCGAAGCACAUGACGGAAUCGCAGCUGCUCGCAAUGUUCCAGGAGUUCGCCUUGGUAGACGAAGUCAACAUUAUUAAGGACAAGGCCACGCGCGCUUCUCGAGGAUGUUGUUUUGUGAUAUGUCCGUCGAGAGAGGAAGCGGACAAGGCGAUUAGCGAGUGCCAUAAUAAGAAGACGCUUCCUGGGGCAUCUAGUCCAUUGCAAGUGAAGUACGCUGAUGGAGAGUUGGAAAGGCUAGAGCAUAAACUCUUUAUCGGCAUGCUUCCGAAAAAUGUUUCUGAUGCUGAAGUCUCUGCACUAUUUUCAAAUUAUGGGACCAUAAAAGACUUGCAACUUCUUAGAGGUUAUCAGCAAACCAGCAAAGGUUGUGCUUUUCUAAAGUUUGAGACAAAAGAGCAAGCGCUCGCAGCUAUUGAGGCCCUCAAUGGAAAGCAUAAGAUUGAGGGUUCAACUGUUCCAUUGGUGGUUAAGUGGGCCGAUACAGAAAAGGAAAGACAGGCAAGGAGGGCUCAGAAAGCUCUAUCAUUGGCAUCUAAUGUGUCAAAUUCAGACUCCAGGCAACAUUUAUAUGGUGCUUUACCAAUGGGUUAUAUGUCUCCAUACAAUGGAUAUGGUUAUCAGACUCCUGGAACUUAUGGUCUCAUGCACUAUCGCCUGCCGCCAAUGCAGAAUCAGCAUGCGUACCACAAUCUUAUCCCACCAUUAAACCAAGGAAAUGCUAUUCGCGGAGUAACACCUGAUCUUUCAUCGGGAAUGGCUCCAAGAAAUUUCUCCGUAUCACCUAAUUAUGUGGGAUCUGCUUAUCCCGCUGUACAUGGGGUUCAGUAUCCCUUAACUUAUCAUGGAGGAAUGAUUAGUAACCGCCCACUUGGUGGUCCAUCUAGUUCUCUAUCACCAUCUACUGCAAAUAGUCAAUCUGCAGCAUCUUCAAGUGUCAGCACUAGCUCAGGCGGGCAGAAUGAAGGUCCACCUGGAGCUAAUUUGUUUAUUUACCACAUUCCUCAAGAAUUUGGUGAUGAUGAGCUUGCGAGCGCCUUUCAGCGUUUUGGUAGGGUAUUGAGUGCCAAAGUUUUUGUCGACAAAGCAACAGGGGUUAGCAAAUGUUUUGGAUUCGUUAGUUACGACUCUCCAGUUGCAGCACAGAAUGCCAUUAACAUGAUGAAUGGCUUUCAGUUAGGUGGUAAGAAAUUGAAAGUUCAACUUAAGAGAGAUAAUAAGCAAAACAAGCCUUACUAAAAAGGUAAGUUAUGGAUGAGAGCAAAUCUCUCAAGCUUGAUGGUCACAGAAUUUCUCCAAAAAGGAUGCAAUUUGAGCGACUGGGGGUGGAUGUGAGACGAUUCAACAGUUGCAUGCAAUACUGUCCAUCCUUCUGGAUUGAAGUUCAAGACACUUGUAAUUCUUCAUUUAUUUGUGCCACUGUACUUUAGUCUGUAACAUGAAUAACAAUUAGACAUUACAUUUUUAGUUUAUUAAUUGUUCCAAGAAUUAUUUUUUUUGUACAAUUUCUGUGAAUACCAUGAAAAGAUUUGAUCAUUUCUUUCACAAA